CAGUGGCUCCGAGCUUUCGUCAAUGAGAUGAAAGGAACGCACACUCCGCCAAACGAGUGGUGCAUGGCUUUCGAGCUGAGCCUUCGGGACGGUGCCCUUCACUGGUACCGUCAACUCCCGAAGAGGACUAAGCGUCAGUGGAAGCGACUGAGCGAUGCGUUUAUCAAGUAUUACUGCUCGCAGUUUAGCCAGUCUGCGAAAGCUCGCUACUACUCUGCGAAGCGCGAGUCCUCGGAACACCUUUGUGACUACCUCAACCGACUGAAUGGUUACGCUCGUAAUGCUGGCCUUCAGUUCGAGAAUGGUGGUCGCGAUGCGAAGGACCAUGCGCAGCGGUUCCUCGAGACGUGCGGUGACCGAAGCCUCGAACGCCAGCUUUGCCACGUCCGGGUGAAGGACAUUCACGAGAUCGAGGACAUGAUCAACGGCAUCUUGAAGUCUGAAGAGCGUGGGCAGUCGCGUGAGACGUCGUAUCACCACUCGCGCAGUCGAGACCAACCGCGUCGUCGUGAUGACCGUCGCCACGAAGCUUCACGUGACAGUUACCGUCGCGACCGCGACCGUGGUUACGAACGUCGCCGCGAAGACUCUCGCCGCCGCGAUGACUCGCGCCAUGUUCCGCGCAUUUCGCUAGCUGAAGCGUCGCUGUCAGAUUUGGUCGCUUUUACGAAAGGAACCAUGAACCGAGAGACGAACUCUCGUGAAAGUAACCCUCGGUUGGAGCAGAGUGUACGAAUUCGAAUUGUGGAUUAUGGAUCAUGGUGCUGGUGUGGAUGUAGUCCUCGGUACCGACUUCAUGAUUCCUGCAGGAGUGCGCUUGGACUUGUUCCACGCGACCGCGAGGUUGCCGGACGAGGUGAGUAUUCCACUCAUUAA